CAAACAAAAAUAAUGUUCACUCUCUAGAGAGAAACUUAGCUGUUGAGAAGUGACGAAGAAAAUUUGAAAAAAUAAUUUUAGUUUUAGUUCCUUUGUGACGCGGAGGGAAUAAAAGAAAAUUUCAAAGUUCGUGCUUUCUGAUUUCUACAUUCUACGAAAUAGUGGAGGAAAUAUUGUUGAAUGAAGUGAAACUUAAAAAGAAAAAUUAAGUGAAAAUCGGUGGAAACAAUUUAACGGAAAAACAGUGAAGGUUGCUGAAAAGAUUUUAUUGCAGACAUAAGUUGAAAAAACUUAGUGUUCUGUUGAAGACAAAAAGAAAACAAUCAACUUUGAUAACGUCUGGAAGAAAUUGUGGAUAACGAGUUACCCUUAAAUCAUUGAAAAUUUGGAGUAACGUUAACAAUCAACGAAAAUGACGGACGUAGACCAUGAACUAGGAGCUAUACGAUUCAUUGUGGAUUCACCACUUUCAUCCAAAGUUGCAAUGUUUAACAAAACAGUGAGAGAGCACACAGAUUCCCAAAUGCUGAAUCCAUUCAGUCAGGAUGGCCGAAGCGUAUCACCCAAACCAAAAUUUAGUAAAGAAGAGUACGGAAAACCAAUAGCUGGCUCGCUAACUGCUGCUAGGGGUCAAAAGGCAAAUAUGCACGUUUUUAAAGAAAUGCUGGAACUCUGUCAAAUUAUCAAUACAGAAGGAUAUCCACAAUCGGAAGAGGAUCCAUCACUGAAAUUUAUUCUUUUUGGAGAGCUAUUCAACAUCUACACUCACAUCAACGAUAAGCUCGUCGGUCUUCUGCUGAGAGCGAGAAAACACAAACUUCUAGAUUUCGAGGGCGAGGUGCUUUUUCAACGCCGGGACGAUGAUGUACCUGUUUGUAUGUGUAAACCAAUUAAAGAAAUUAAAGCAAUUCUAGAUGGUAAGGUCGAUGAAGUUCGACGAAGCGUUAGCCCUAAUCCACAUCCAACAACAAUGUUAAUUAAGUAGGAAGUUAGUUUCUAAUAAUAAUAAUAAAAAAAAGGUUUUUUGUUU